CUCUCUCAUUUUCACUUGUUAUGUUCUUCGCCUUUUCUCACACGGAUUUUAUUCGCUUCCUUCCUCCUCCUCUGCCUCUUUCGUCAAACAGUUGGUCAUCACAAAUGCAUCUUUCCCACCUUCUUCUUCUUCUUCCCAACCUGGACCACCAAACCAGGUCAAAUUAAACUAAAAUCAAAAUAAUAAUAAUAAAAAAACCCAUCUCAGAUCUUCGUCACUGCCAUCAAAAUAUUAUCUCAAUUUAAUGGCACCAACAACAAACAACAACCACACCCACAGCAAGCCCCCAAAACCCAACUCCACAGCGACCACAACUACCAAAAAGCCCCUCGUCUGCUUCUCCUUCGCCGCCUACGCCAAGUCCCUCAUAAACCACCUCAAAUCUUCACCUCUCAACAUCCCAGUCGAGCAAGGCCUCACCGACCCAGAGCUCGCCUCCAUCGAAGCCACCUUCGACUUCGCCUUCCCGCCUGACCUCCGCGCCAUUCUCCAGGAAGGCCUCCCCGUGGGCCCCACCUUCCCCAACUGGCGUUCCUCCUCCCUCCAGCAGCUCCGCAUCCUCCUCAGCCUCCCGUCCUUCAGCCUCCUUCGCCGAGUCUCUGGCGGAAGCUUCUGGUGCCAGUCGUGGGGCCCCAAGCCCCCUCCAGGCGAUCACGAUCAUGCUGACGUGGCCAAGCAGCUGCUGGAGAAAGCGCCGGUUCUCGUGCCGGUGCACCGGAACUGCUAUGUUCCGUCGAGGCCGGGCGUGGCGGGAAAUCCGGUUUUGUACGUUGACGCGGAGAACGUUACUGUUCUGAGCUGUGACGUCACCCGGUUUUUUUGUCAAGAGUUUGGGUUCGCACACGUGCCCUUGUGGGCCCCCAAGACGACUCGGUGGAUUGAUUUUUGGAGCGAGGUGGUGGCGCGUGGGGAGACGCGUGGGUGGUGGAGUGGGGAUGAGUGCUUGGGUGGGUGUUUGGAGGAGGUGUUUUGGAGGUUGAGGGAGGGCGGUUGGGCGGAGGAGGAGGUUAGGGAGAUGAUGAUGAUGGACGGCUGUGAUGGGAAGAUUGAGAAGUGCGGGCCCCACGUGAUGGGGGACAGCGAGGAUGAGACAAGUGUGGGGUGGCGCGUGAGGUUUCUGUCUAUGGUGUUGUUGCGUGGGGGUUGGACAAGGGAAGAUAUUGUUGGCUGUCUUGGUCUUGAGGACGAGUGCUUAAGCGAUAACUCGCUAGUAGAUCCAUCAUCAUAUUAUAUUCACCUAUAGUCUAUAUCAUAUUCGAGUCCGAUUGAAUUAUCGGAUUCAAAUUACAAUUACUUAGACCAUACAUCAAGUAUAAAUGAUCAUUUUCAUUACAUUUAUCCUAUUGAGUUAGGAUUAAAAUUUAAUUAUUCAAUGAUUAAUGCACUUACUAUGCUUUAAGUCGUAGUUCAAAUUCAAAUCUUGAUAUGA